AUGACCAGACCGAAACUACUCCAAAUCUUCGGCUUUAUCUCUCUUUCACUCUUACCUUUCCCUUCGUUCAUUACUUCUCCUGGAGAGGCUGCGCCUUUCUUCUCAAAAGACCAGAAUAUGGAACCCAGCCAUUACAACGCCGAGGGCUCUCCCAUUUUCGACAGCUUCGACGUUGACCUCCUCGUCAAGGUACUCGCGAAUACUGCAUUCAGCCCUUUCUUUUGCUUCUUUAUUCCGGUCUUCUUUUUCUUCCAUGGUGCCAAGUUCACAGACCAGGUCUUCAUUCUGUCGUCGGCUUACUUCGUGUUCGUAUCCAUUUUCUGGUUUGUGAGAUGGUGUUCGAAAUUGUACCGCAAUCAACACGGAUUAAUCUUUGGUCCCGGUCCGCUUGACUGGAGCGAGCAGAUUGUGAUCCUCACUGGAGGAGCUUCUGGCAUCGGAGAACUCCUGGCAAAUACAUUGGCUGUUCGCAGUGUGACCGUCGUUGUUUUGGACGUGAAGCCAAUCGUAACUGAAAACUAUAAUAUCACAUACUACAAAUGCGACGUCUCGAAGUGGGAAGAGGUUGAGGCUGUUUCAAAGAGAGUCAUUGAAGAAAUCGGCGAACCUACUAUCCUCGUCAAUAAUGCUGGCGUCGUUCAGGGAAAGCUGAUCGUCGACCUGAGUGCUGAAGACGUCCAACAGACUUUCGGCGUCAACACACUAUCUCAUUUCUGGAUACUGAAAGCUUUCCUUCCUAGCCUGCUCAAGAAGAAGUCGGGUCACGUCGUCACUGUGUCAUCGGCUCUGGGCUUGACAGGAGUAGCGCAAAUGACCGAUUACUGUGCCUCCAAGGCAGCUCUUGUUAACUUACACGAAUCCUUGAGAUACGAACUCGACAAACGUUACGAGUGUCCAAAGAUCCGUACAACAUUAGUGUGCCCUGGUCAUGUCAUGACACCAAUGUUCCAGACAGUUGAAUUCCCAAGAAUCCCGUUCUUCAAGUUCUUCUGCCCUUCAAUCCAGCCAGUGGCAAUUGUGAAGAGAAUAAUUGCGGCUCUCGACGACCAGCAAUCUCAAACAGUCUUCUUACCAUUCUACACCAACUUCAUUCCUCUCGUCGGUCACUUGCCAAGUUUUCUGCGUGAUAUCGUACAAUGGGUCUCAGGGGCAGACUAUGCCAUGAGGAACUUCACAAAGACAUCUAGCAGACGGCCGGAUGAAGGCCCCCUUCCAUCGGGAUUGCAUGAGAAGAAGGUGUGA